AUUAAUCACAAGUAGCAUCAUUUGUCAUCAGCUCCAUAGAAAACAAAUGACCUUUUAGGCAAAUUAAAAUCAUGAUUAACUGAACUAACAUCAAACUGAACUCCAACAUCAAUUCUCCACCUAAUUAUUUUAGUUUCAUCUUUUGUUUAUUUCAUUGCAAAUUGUAGAUUCUGUGUGGUAAUUCCUCAUGAAGAUCUAAUCAUGAUAUCAGUAAAGAAAAAAAAGAAAGAAAGAAAGAAAGAAAGAAAGAAAAAAAUGUCAUUGUGUCAAUGAACAUGUCAUUCAGUGCAACGGUGUGGCUCACUGAUAUGUUUGUGGACAACAAUGGAGCUCUAUGGCACAGUUGAGUCAGAUAUAUCAGGCUUUGAUACACACAUAGCACUCAUUGGUAGGAACCAUGAUGACAAGAAAAAUAUAGACAAUCACCAUACUUGUAUAAUAUAAUAUUUUAGCACUGACAUGAUGAUGUUCCAGUGUUCUCUCUGAUGUCAUAGAAGAGUGAUCUAGAACCACAUAUGUCAGAGACAGACACAGACAUUCAGUUCCAUAGCAGAACUUCAGCAGAAGUAAAUCAUUUGUGAUUUCAAACACUCGUCCCAGUGAGUUCUUGUCAGACAUUUUUAGAGAGUGAUUCUAAGAGAUCAAGAAUGGAGAAACUGAGAGCACAGCACCUGUACAAAGACCUUUGUAGCAUCUGUCAGGAGGAGAUCAGGAAACUCUCUGUAGAGAUGGAGGCUCUUCAGCUGAAGAACCAUGAGAUGAAACUGCACUAGAAGGUUCAAAUUGCAGCUGAGAGUAAGGAAAAGGAGGUCAUGAGCAUGAAAUUGGAAGAGCUUCAGAGAACUGAAGCCAUGACCCUGAAGAAGAGAGCAGAGAAGGGGGCCUGCUCUCCAACCGUGGAGGGACUUCUUCAACAACUUGAAGAAGCAAAAAGGCAGCAUUCAGCUGAAAAACUGAUGCUUACCGCUGAGCUCACCGCAGCCAUACAGCAGCUGACAGAUGUCAACCAGCAGCUGGAGAGAGAAAAGCACUCGAGGAUGCAGGUAGAGGCAGACAAACUGGAGGCUGUGGAGAUUGCAGACAUUCUCUUAAAAACAAUUGAAGACAUGCAGAGGGCCUCUGAGGAGCGUUCAGCUGAGCUCAAAUCAGAGAAAAGCAAACAAGAUCAACUUCAUCUUGAAAUCCAGAAGCUCCAGAAAGAAAAAGACCUGAGGAUCCAGGCAGAGGCUGAAACCCAGUUCAUGCACAUGAAGUUGGAGGAGCUUAAUGAGCUUCAGAGAACUGAAGCCAUGACCCUGGAAAAGAGAGCAAAGAACGGGGCCUGCUCUCCAACAGUGGAGGAACUUCUUCAACAACAUGAAGAAGGAAAAGGGCAGAAUUCAGAUGAAAAGCGGAUGGUCACUCCAGCCAAACAGCAGCUGAAGAAUCUCAACCAGCAGCUGGAGAGAGAAAAGCACUUGAGGAUGCAGGUAGAGGCAGACAAACUGGAGGCUGUGGAAAUCGCAGACACUCUCUUCAAAACAAUUGACGACAUGCAGAGGGCCUCUGAGGAGUGUUCAGCUGAACUCAAAUCAGAGAAAAGCAAACAGGAUCAACUUCAUGUUCAAAUCCUGCAGCUGCAGCAAACGCUCCAGCAAGAAAGAGACCUGACGGUUCAGGCGGAGGCUGAAACCCUUAUAGACUUCAGAAACAUGGAAGUCUUCUAUAGAGACUUCAACCGCCAGCUCCAGGCAGAGAGAAAACUGAGGGCGGAGGUAGAGAGGAGCAGACUGGAGGCCGUUAAAAUCAGCGAGGCUCUUUUCCAAACAUUGGAGGAAGUCCGAAUGGUCACAGAGAGGCUGUCUGCUGAAAGCCAGAUGCUCGCUGACAAGCUGAAACAGGAGGGGAAGAAGCAGGAAGCACAAGUUCAAGACACCAAGGAGCUCACUCAGAUGCUCAAAAGAGAAAUGGCUCUGAGGAACCAAUCAGAGAACUACGAACUGGAGACGUUUAAGGUUGUGGAGGCUCUCCAAAGGAAAAUUAAACAACUAAGAAAGAUGCACGCUGCUAAGACUUCUUGCUGGAACAGAAGAAGAGCUGCUCACUGAGAACCAUCAGCCCUCUCUGUUUUAACUGUAACUUUAUGUGGAAAAUGCUUUUUAACAUUUGUCAGUUUUACUUGUGUCAGGACUACUGAUGCCAGUUAGCUGUUGAGCUAACACCGGCACAUUUAUACAGAUCUUGUGUUGAUUUAUGUGCACUCUCUCAUACAAAUAAACAAAUAAUCAAUGAACGCACAGCCCAGCCUGCAGACUUUAUUUAUCCUGUGGGGAAAUUAACAAACUACCCAGCAGUACAUAAAGUAAUUAAAGUUAGCUCCACCUGCAACAUAAAACGGCUGCAACAUAAAAGUGAUGAACACAUUAAUGCAUCAAUAAUUAUGAUUCAGUCAUAUAAUAUACAUUAAUUUGAAACAGGCCAUAAUGAGUACAUUUUUGUUACUUUAAGCAUCUUUUGAUGCUAAUUGGACUUUAGCGAUAGGUACAUUAGCUUUGUGGAAAGCUAAAGCAGUCGAGAGCUUAAAUAUUAAUUAUCUUGAAACUGGAACAAAGUACAUAUACUUCGUGUGUGAAAAGGUAAUCCAGCAUGGAAACAGCAGACUCUGCCAUGAAGAAUAAAAUCUACUACAGUAAGGUAAUCACUGAAUGUAAAAAUGAAUAGAUAGAGCAGAAAAAUGCCCCAAGAUGAGGUAAAAGCGCAGGAGCUGCCAUAAAGGAGUAGUUUGUUUUUCAGGAAACAAAACACUGCAAUCAUGUAAUGGUAAAAAGAUUGCAGUGUUAUCUUCACAAAUCCGUGAAACCGUCAGAUUUGCUUGUGUUGUUUUGUUCAAGUAUGUUACAUAGACAGCUGCUGGUAAGGUUACUGUAAGUCAUGCAAUAGGAGAAGCUGCUGAUUCAAUUAAAACAUAAACACAGCGCAGCCCAGUGUGAUUUUAAAAUCUCAUCGUUACUUCCUCAUAAUACUGAGUGACGGAGCUGAAACCUCAUAUCUGGUGACAAAUGACAAACAGAUGGUUGAGAUAAUUUGCUAGAGUUAAUAGAUUGUAGACCGAUGUGAACACAAACUUCUUCCACUGUUUUAACAUGCUCUAUUGAUACACUUGACUAGGCCACUGUAUGUAAGUAAAUCCCAAAGUUUAACCUCAUGUAAUGACAAAAAAAAAAAAAAGACAUCCACC